AUGAAGCUGCGCAUUGUUUUAAUAGUCUUUUGUGCUGUUAUCUAUGUUGCUGCAAGUGAUGGUGAGCCUAGUGAUGGCGCAGGAACAGUUAAACCGUCGGUGGAUGAGAUGCUACAGAUGCUCACCGGCAAGUUGGAGGCGAUGGAGCAUAGACUGCAAAGGAUGGAGAAGCAGCUUCGAACAGUGGAAGGUUCCUCGUGCAAUAAUGUUUCAUCGAGAGUGUCUGGGACAUAUUUGAUCCGCGUGAAGAAUAAUAGCGAACCGUUUGAAGUGUAUUGUGAACAGACAGCAUUUGGAGGUGGAUGGAUUGUGUUUCAGUACCGUUACGACGGAUCACUUGACUUUUACCGAGGGUGGAAUGAGUUUCGUGACGGUUUUGGUGAUUUGAACAAAGAGUUCUGGUUGGGUCUUGAAAAAGUCCACCACAUAACAAAGGACCGUAAGCAUGAACUAAUCGUUGAAUUGAAAGAUUUUAGUGGAACCUAUAAAUAUGCGCGGUAUAGAGCAUUCGAAAUAGGCAGUGAAAGUGACCAAUAUGUCCUGAAGGAUCUUAAAAUGUUUGAAGGAACUGUUAAGAAUGAUAUGGCGGAUAACACGGGAAUGAUGUUCUCCACGAAAGAUCGCGAUAAUGACCACUACCAGGCCAGACAUUGUGCUCAGUUCCAUGAAUCUGCGUGGUGGCACGAAGCUUGUACCUAUGCAAAUCUGAACGGAAGAUACAUUGAUGCUGAGGAUUACAAAUCAAUGUUUUGGUGGGAUUUCAAAAACAGCCGGCAAGGAUUGAGUUAUUCGCGGAUGAUGAUCCGGGAGGUGGAGUAG